AUGGCAAAAACGGUCUGCAUUAUCGGUGCUGGACCGUCCGGACUGGUCGCGGCGAAGACAUUGCUUCACAAUGCAACACCCGGAGAGUUCAAAGUCAGCGUCUUUGACGCCCAGGAGCGCAUCGGCGGUCUAUGGCCGACCUCCAAGUCGGACACGCAGCGCCAGGUUCAUCCGCUCAUGCUGGCCAACCAGAGCCGACACACGGUGCAGUUCAGCGAGUUGGCAUGGGACGACGCCGAUCCUCAGCUCCCGCCGGCGUGGAUGAUUGGAAGAUAUCUUGAACGCUACGUUGAAAAGUUCUUGACUGGGAACGCGGAUUUUGAACUCAAGCUCGGAAAACGUGUCACUCGGGCGGAGCGUCCCGGAGACUCACCUGAUGGCUGGAGUGUUACUGCUGGAUCUCAGCUAGAAGCUGAAACUGGGCACUUCGACUACCUUCUCGUCGCCUCUGGUUUCUUCGGCAAACCCAUCAUCCCCGACAGCCUUUCGAAAGAAUUGUCUAUCCCCGUCAUUCACAGCAGCCAGUAUCGCGACCUGGAUGGUCUCCUAGGAAAGGGACGAGCUGGAGGAGGCAAGAUUCUGGUUGUUGGUGGCCAGAUGUCCGGUGUUGAGAUUGCCGGUACUAUUGGAGCGCACCUCUCUUCCGCGACGAAUUCACCCGAUAGAUCGCCCAUACAGGAUGUUGACAAGUACCGAAUCCAUAAUGUUAUCCAGCGGCCAACUUGGGUAUUCCCACUUUACACAAGCCCGAAGCCAACAAAUGUAGCUGCGCCUUUCCUACCCUUGGACUUUGGUUCUUAUAACAUCAACAACCGCCCAAAGCCUCUCGUCAAUACUCAAGGACACAUCACUGAGGACACUGCCAAGAUGGUACAUGGCAUUUUCCAGAACGUGGUUGGCAGCAAUCAGUCGGAGUUCUCAAGUCUCUUACGGGUGGAUGAUUCGAACAAUGAUCAACAACCGUAUCUAGCCGUCAGUGACUGGUACAGUGACUUUGUUCGAUCCGGCCUCAUUGAAUUGUCAAAGGGCAAGGUUGAGGCUCUUGACGGAUCUACGGCAACCCUCUCAGGUGGUGCGAAGGUUGAAGACGUCGCAGCAGUGGUUGUCGCAACUGGUUUCGACCCAUCUCCAUGCUUGAACUUCUUCCCCGACGAAAUUUUGAAGACUCUCAAACACUCCCCUCAACAUGUGGACCAACCUAUUGCCCUCGCUUUCCAUGGAACUCAUCAUCCCGAGGUCUCCGGUCUUGGAUUCGUGGGCUUCUAUCGAUCUCCCUAUUGGGGAGUGAUGCAGAUGCAGGCACGAUUCAUGGCGGCUAUGUGGUCUGAAAACGCCGACACUGCCCGCUCUUCUGAGGCAUACGAGGCGAAACUUCAGAGCGAUGUGUCAAUCCAACGAACACUGGACUUGCGCGACGAUCCUCGAGUAUCGCAGUUCCCUAUGGGAGACUACCUUUAUUUGAUGAACGAAUUUGCAGAAGCACUUUCGAUGGAGAUCCAAGCACCCCUGGACCCCCCAGCUCCGAGCCUGCCGCACAAUGACCUGCCGCUCGAUAUGCUAACCCCAGCACGAUAUAUCUCCGCAAACGACGAUGCAGAGUCGAAGGAAGCUGCUAUCAAGUCUAUGAGGCAAACCCACGAAAUCACAACUGCUGGCCUGACGGGUACAAAAUUCGUGGCUCGUGGCGUCUUUAGAAGCUUGCUAGGCACUUGGAAACUUGAGCGCGAUUUGCGGAGCAAGCUUCCCACCCACCCAAGCGGUCACUUCAGCGGAACAGCGCGGUUUCUGCUCCGAGAGAAAACUAGUGACGGUCUGAGAUGUGCAGCCAACCCCACAGACACAGAGCCCUCGUCUGACGAUGAGCUGGGCAUGGAGUACCUCUACAUCGAAGAGGGCGAAUUCAAGACGGACCAGGGCUUCGGCUUCAAGGCCACACGUCGCUACGUGUGGAGAUACGACGAGCUCAAGGAUAUCCUUAGCGUCUGGUUUGCGAAGCCCGAGGAACUAGACCGUGCAGACUACCUCUUCCACGAGAUCGAGUUCAUAGGUCCCGAGGUCGCCACCAACAAGGGCUGGGCUGCGAAGGCGGGGCAUCUCUGCAUCGACGACUACUACGACGUCAAGUACAACUUUGCGUUCCAGGCGGUGAACCUCAAAGAGUGGGGGAUCGAAUACACGGUCAAGGGGCCGAAGAAGGACUAUACCAUUAAAGGGACGUACACGCGUUAG